CUGAGCGCUCACUCAACAGUUGUGUCUGCUGAACGCGGCCAUUGUAGCGGAGGCUUUAUACUGUGCCGUGCGUUGUAAAGAGGCCUAAUGGUGUCUGAAGUGUGACCAACUUCAUGGCGCGACAAAUUGAAAAGCACGGGUAGCGGAGAGCUCCGGCUGAGGCCUGAGAUCCGUGGUUGUUGAAGAGUGUUUAUCAGCUGCCAGGAAAUUAUAUUAUGAAAGCAAUGUCCCAUCAUUACGUGGUGACGGCACACAAACCAACGGCUGUCACUGCCUGCGUGACCGGUAAUUUCACCUCGCCUACGGACUUGAAUCUGAUACUGGCCAAGAAUGUACGCUUAGAGAUAUACCUCGUGACGCCGGAGGGCCUGCGGCCCCUGAAGGAGGUCGGGAUCUACGGCAAGAUAGCCGUCAUCAAAUUCUUCAGACCGCCGCAUGAGAAGAAGGACCUUCUGUUUCUAUUAACGACGCGCUACAAUGCCAUGAUCCUGGAAUGCAUCGGCGAGGGAGAGGAUAUAGAAAUUAUAACGAAAGCUCAUGGGAACGUGGCGGAUCGUAUCGGAAAGGCUUCCGAGACUGGGAUUAAAGCUGUCAUUGAUCCAAAGGCGCGGGUGAUUGGUCUCAGAUUGUACGAUGGCCUCUUCAAAAUUAUACCCCUGGACAAGGAUAAUCCAGAGUUGAAGGCGUCUUCGAUCCGUAUGGACGAACAGCAAGUGCAGGAUGUCAAUUUUCUCCACGGGUGUGCUAAUCCUACCUUAAUUCUCAUUCAUCAGGACAUCAAUGGUAGACACGUGAAAACGCACGAGAUUAACCUGAGAGACAAAGAAUUCGCCAAGAUACCGUGGAGGCAGGAUAACGUGGAGCGAGAGGCUAUGAUGGUCAUCCCUGUACCUUCCCCCAUUUGCGGCGCGAUCAUAAUAGGACAGGAGAGCAUUCUGUAUCACGACGGUACCACUUACGUCGCGGUUGUGCCGCCGAUUAUUAAGCAGAGCACCAUUACUUGCUACGCCAAGGUGGACAAUCAGGGACUGAGGUAUCUAUUGGGGGAUAUGGCCGGCCACUUGUUCAUGUUGUUUUUGGAGCAAGAGAAGAAGCCCGAUGGAACGCAGGUGGUGAAGGACCUGAAGGUCGAGUUGUUAGGCGAGAUCAGUAUACCGGAAUGCAUAACUUAUUUGGACAACGGCGUGAUAUACGUCGGUAGUCGCCUGGGUGACUCCCAAUUGAUCAAAUUGAUCACAAAGGCGGACGAGAACGGGUCCUAUUGCGUACCUAUGGAGACAUUCACCAAUCUCGCGCCUAUCGUCGACAUGGCUGUGGUAGACUUGGAGAGGCAGGGCCAGGGGCAGAUGGUUACGUGCUCGGGUGCCUUCAAGGAAGGUUCUCUCAGGAUCAUCAGAAACGGCAUAGGCAUACAGGAGCACGCCAGUAUCGAUCUACCGGGAAUCAAAGGCAUGUGGGCGCUGAAAGUCGGUGGUUCGCAGUUCGACAACACCUUGGUGCUGUCGUUUGUCGGGCAGACUAGGAUCUUGACUUUAAAUGGCGAGGAGGUCGAGGAGACGGAUAUUCCAGGUUUCGUUGCGGAUGAGCAAACGUUCCACACGGGCAACGUCACUGACGAUUUGUUCAUUCAAAUAACGCCGAACUCUGUCAGAUUGAUCUCAUACGAAAGCAAAAUGGUCGUUUCCGAGUGGGAGCCGCAGAAUAAAAGGACCAUCAGUGUGGUGGCCUGCAACGGCACGCAGGUCCUUUGCGCGACGGGCAAUGAUCUGUUCUACAUAGAGAUCUCAUGCAAUCAGAUUGUGUCCAAGGGAUUCGUUACCCUGCAGUACGAAGUGGCGUGCCUGGACAUCUCGCCCCUGGACGGCGUGAACGAGGCGAAGAUCGCUGCUGUCGGACUCUGGACGGACAUAUCCGUUCGUAUCUUAACUCUGCCCAAUCUGGAGGAGAUCAACAAAGAGCUUCUCGGGGGCGAGAUUAUACCCAGGUCCAUCUUAAUGACCUGCUUCGAGGGUAACACAUAUUUACUUUGCGCGCUAGGCGACGGCAGCAUGUACUAUUUUAUUCUACAACGACAAAGCGGUAUGCUCUCGGAUAAGAAGAAGGUCACCUUGGGUACACAACCCACUGUCCUCAGGACCUUCCGCUCGCUCUCGACGACGAACGUAUUCGCGUGCUCGGACAGGCCCACCGUUAUUUAUUCCUCAAAUCACAAGCUUGUCUUCAGCAAUGUCAAUCUGAAGGAGGUGAAUCACAUGUGCUCCCUGAACGCGGAGUCUUACCCCGACAGUCUGGCACUGGCGACCGACAGCACCGUUACCAUCGGUACGAUCGACGAGAUCCAAAAGCUGCAUAUAAGGACGGUGCCGCUCGGCGAGUCCCCGAGGAGGAUCGCCUAUCAGGAGAGCUCGCAGACCUUCGGUGUCAUCACGAUGCGCGUCGAUGUGCAGGAGAGCAGCGGGGUGAGCAUCGUCAGGCAUUCCGCGUCCACCCAGGCGGCGUCCAACUCCACCAGUAGCCACGUCGCCUCGCAUAACAAGCCCAGCGGCCACACGGCCAGCGAGAUCGGCCAGGAGAUCGAGGUUCACAAUCUUCUCAUCAUCGAUCAGCACACCUUCGAGGUUCUGCACGCGCAUACGCUCAUGUCCACCGAGUACGCGUUGUCGUUGAUCUCGACAAGACUGGGCGAGGAUCCGACCUCUUACUUCGUGGUCGGGACCGCGUUUAUCAAUCCCGACGAGACUGAGCCCAAGAUGGGCAGGAUACUGCUGUAUCACUGGAGCGAGGGCAAGUUCACGCAGGUCGCGGAAAAGGAGAUCAAGGGUUCGUGUUAUUCCUUGGUCGAGUUUAACGGGAAGCUGCUGGCGAGCAUCAACAGCACUGUACGCUUGUUCGAAUGGACGGCGGAAAAGGAGCUCAGAUUGGAGUGCAGCCACUUUAACAACAUUAUAGCGCUCUAUUUGAAAACCAAAGGCGACUUCGUUCUCGUGGGUGAUCUGAUGAGAUCGCUCACGUUGCUACAAUAUAAGACUAUGGAAGGCAGCUUUGAGGAAAUAGCCAGGGACUACAAUCCCAAUUGGAUGACUGCCAUCGAGAUACUGGACGACGAUACUUUUCUGGGCGCCGAAAAUUGCUUCAAUCUCUUCGUAUGUCAAAAGGACAGCGCCGCGACGUCCGAAGAUGAGAGGCAACAAAUGCAGGAGGUAGGCCAAUUUCAUUUGGGUGACAUGGUCAACGUGUUCCGGCACGGCUCGUUGGUGAUGCAGAAUUUGGGAGAAUCGAGUACGCCGACUCUGGGCUGCGUACUAUUCGGCACUGUAAGCGGCGCGAUCGGUCUGGUGACGCAAAUACCAUUCGCGUUUUACGAAUUCCUGCGCAACAUGGAGGACAGGCUAAACAACGUGAUAAAGAGCGUGGGCAAAAUAGAGCACAAUUUUUGGAGAAGUUUUAAUACAGAGUUGAAGAUCGAGCAGUGCGAGGGAUUCAUAGACGGUGAUCUGAUAGAAAGUUUCCUCGAUCUGAAUCACGAAAAGAUGGCAGAAGUUGCGGUGUCUCUUAUGAUCGAUGAUGGUAGCGGCAUGAAGAAGGAAGCGACGGUAGACGAUCUUGUAAAAAUAGUGGAGGAUCUUACGAGGAUACACUAAAUGUUAUAUAAGUAAACAAUAUUUUAAAUUCAUGGAAUGUAUCUGUAAGAAUAUUAGACGAUAUAUAGAAAAGAGUUAAGCAGUGAUUCGAGAGGGAGCGCGAAUGUUUAUACGAUUACUUUUGUUAUCGCUGAUAUACACGAAAGAAACAACGUAAAUUGUCUCUCACCUUCAGCUCCUAUCUGUAAUGAAUUUUCUCUUUGUGUUUUUUUUAAAGCAUUUCUAGAAGAUUGUGUGAAAAUUCACUUCAACGCUCGUCUGUUGCAGUAUUUUUUUUUAAGAAUCGACCGCAUAACGUAGAAAUAAUACGCAACAUUCGUUAAUGAAUUUAUUUUCAAGGGCUGCUCGAGGAUUUGUAGAGUAAUAUCUUUGUAUCUUUGUAAGAUCGAGUGUAAAUAAAAAGAAUGGUGCAUUUUGAGGUAACAUUCUUUGUCGUGCGACCGUAA